AUGGUUGUGGACGUCAAAGUUCAUAUUGAUAUUCAGCAUCGUUUCCUGCUAUCGAUGCCGGAAGAUAUAGUUGUUGCAAUUGGUGGCGGGAAAAUUCAUUGCAACAAUAAUCCUUGCCAAUACAAUAAGGCUCUGUACACAGCGACAAUGAUAACAGUAAAGGAAAUGAAAAUGUGUGACGCCGACGAUGACUUGGCCCUCAUUGAGCUCAGCCGAAAUAUCUUGGAAAGCGACUCGACACCGAUCUGCAUGCCCGAAUUUGACUUGCAGCUGAAGCCUGUCCUAUAUGCAAGCGGCAUCGGAAUGGAUCUUUCGACCCCUAUCACUUUUCACAAUCCAAACGGCGAUAUAGCACAUGGACAGCAAGUAGUAGCUCUUCGCUAUCUUGCAGUCGAUCACGUACUCCACCAAAUUGUGACAGUGACCUUCGCGAAAACAAUAUGUCAAGGAGAUAGUGGAGGUCCACUGUUUCAAGUGAAUGAAGACGGUCGCCACAUCCUCGUAGGGAUCAACAGCAACAUUCUUGGGAGCUGCACUCAUCAUAGCGAAAACAUCGGCAAUGUACUCACUGACGUUCGUGCGCAUUCGGAUUGGAUUUGCAAAUAUUCAGGUCUCAUUGAAAAUUCAUAUCCAUAA